AUGGCCCCCAAACACCAGUCUUCACUUCCACCUCAAGCAAAGAAACCGAAGAAACCGAGACGGACUCCUGCCUCCAGGCCAGAGGAAACGUCUGCGUCUCCGAACUUGCCAAAGGAAGAAAAAGAACAGCAAGAAGCAAUUGAACAUAUUGAUGAAGUACAAAAUGAAAUAGACAGACUUAAUGAACAAGCCAGUGAGGAGAUUUUGAAAGUAGAACAGAAAUAUAACAAACUCCGCCAACCAUUUUUUCAGAAGAGGUCGGAAUUGAUCGCCAAGAUCCCAAAUUUUUGGGUAACAACAUUUGUUAACCAUCCACAAGUGUCUGCACUGCUUGGGGAGGAGGAUGAAGAGGCGCUGCAUUAUUUGACAAGAGUCGAAGUGACAGAAUUUGAAGAUAUUAAAUCAGGUUACAGAAUAGAUUUUUAUUUUGAUGAAAACCCUUACUUUGAAAAUAAAGUUCUCUCCAAAGAAUUUCAUCUGAAUGAGAGUGGUGAUCCAUCUUCAAAGUCCACUGAAAUCAAAUGGAAAUCCGGAAAGGAUUUGACAAAACGUUCAAGUCAAACUCAGAAUAAAGCCAGCAGGAAGAGACAGCAUGAGGAACCAGAAAGCUUCUUCACCUGGUUUACUGAUCAUUCUGAUGCAGGUGCAGAUGAGUUAGGAGAGGUCAUCAAAGAUGAUAUUUGGCCAAAUCCAUUACAGUACUACUUGGUUCCGGACAUGGAUGAUGAGGAAGGGGAGGGAGAAGAAGAUGAUGAUGAUGAUGAAGAAGAAGAAGGAUUGGAAGAUAUUGAUGAAGAAGGGGAUGAGGACGAAGGUGAAGAAGAUGAAGAUGAUGAUGAGGGGGAGGAAGGAGAGGAAGAUGAAGGAGAAGACGACUAAUGGAACACUGAUGGAUUCCGACCUUCCUUUUUUAAUUUUCUCCAGUCCCUGGGAGCAAGUUGCAGUCUUUUUUUUUUUUUUUUUUUUUCUCCUUCUCCUCCUGUGCUCAGUUGCCCUGUUUUUGAGGUGUCUUUUCUCCUUUAUACCAUGGCUCACAACUUAUUUUGGGGGGAAAUACCUUGAGCAGAAUUCAGUGGGAAAAGAAUCUCUACCCCUUUCUGUUCCAAAUUCAUUUUUAUCCCUUCCUGUCUCAACAAAAACUUUAUGGAAUCAACACCACCAUGCUCUGUGGGAAAAAAGAAAAACCUUCUGCUCCCUUAGCUCUGCUGGAAGCUGGAGGGUGCUAGGCCCCUGUGUAGUAGUGCAUAGAAUUCUAGCUUUUUUCCUCCUUUCUCUGUAUAUUGGGC